ACUGUUAUCCUUGUGUUUAAAUGAAACAAAAGUGUACUUUUGUUGUCGUGACAAAAAAACAGAAUGAAGGAAUAAAAAUAUCAAUUAUUGGCGUUAUUUAUUUAACAAUUAUAAUACCAAAUCUUCACAAGCACCCUGUGUCUUGUUCCCACACAUACCGUACAAAGAAGUGUAGUGAAUUUUCGCAAUAACAGACCGCGACAACAGCGGCUUAUCAAUUAGUUAUUUACUUCAAUAUUUGCCGACAUUGUAAACAAAAGAUACAAAGUCGUAACAAAAAAUGUCUUCAUUGGGAGAUUCUGUUGGUUAUCUAAUUUUUGGCAAUCCAAUUAGCCAAGCGCUAUUAUCGACUGCGGCGGGUGUAAUUAAAAGCACAGAAGCGCUUUUACCACGCAAAUUGCCGGCACCGAAGGCAAAUUUAUCUGCACCUCCACCGCCACCUGUGCGUUUACCAUUGUGGGAGUUGGCUGGCAGGCAAUAUAAUUUCGUACGUUUAGCAGGUUUAUGUGGCGCAAGUGCUGUUAUUAUGGGUGCAUAUGGCAAACAUAUUUUUGCAAAAUUCCCCAAUACUGAAGAUAAAACAGAGGCCAGGACGGUUUUUGAAACAGCUAAUCGUUUUCAUUUUCUUCAUUCAUUUGCACUUUUAGCGAUGCCGCUGGUGCGCAAACCGUUAUUGACUGGCUCCUUGAUGGCCGUGGGCACUAUACUGUUUAGCGGUGUACUCUACCAUCGCGCCCUGACUGGCAAUAGAACUUACAUACCGGUGGCAACAUGUGGUGGCUUUUGCCUUAUCAUGGCUUGGCUUUCGCUAAUGUUUUAAGGCUAUUUAUUGUUGAUUGACACCAUUAAUUUAUUGUCUUUUCUUGCAUAUACACUAGUAUGCAAACAAAAAAUGUAUAUUUUCCUUGCUACCCAUUCAGUUGUGGGCGGUGAGAAAUUUGUGCGAUUAAAGAAAAUCAAAAAAACAAAGAAAAAUAUGUAUAUUGCGCGCAUAUUGUUAAGAUUUUUUGAAUAACAUAUUUAUUUAUGAAACAAUUCUUUAAAAAAAAUCGUUUUAUUGUUAUUAUAACUACUAAUUUAUUUAUAUAACGCUCUAAAUUUUGCAACGCACACAAUAGUAUGGGUGCAUAGCGUAAAUUGCAUUAAUUUAGUUAUGGCUCAACAUCUUUGUUUUUCGAAUUCUUUGAGAUUAUAAUUGUCUAAUUAUUGCCAUAAUUGCUGCCUCUAAUUUCAUAUCCAAUUUGAAUUAAGUAAAUUAUAUAAAUGCAUUCUACAUUUUGUAAAUAUUUAUUAUAGCAUUAUAUUAUAUAUGUUAUGUAUCUAUGUAUAUUUAACGUUUAUAACUAGUACUGAUAUAAUCAGUGUUUACUGGAAGAAUCAAUGUCGUUAAUAGUUGUAAAUGAUUAUUAUAGCUAUGUAUGAAUUUUAAAUGCAUACUGAAAACUACAUAAUUUUCAUUGAUUUGCGGCUGCGCACACAUUACCAUUUCUGUAACAGUAAUAAAUCUACAAUACAACAUUAUAGAAACAACGUAUUUGUUAUUUGUGUACUAUAUAUGUGUUAUAUUACGUACAAAAAACUUCUCUGUUGCUAUGAUUUCAUAAAAAUUCUUUAUAAGUACUAUAUACAUAUAAUUUUAUGUAUGUAUGUGUGUAUUUAUGUUUAGAUAAUACACACGACUCUUAAAUUUAUAGAUGACACAAAAUGUUCUACUGCUGGUGUGUUGGUAAAAUAAAGCUUCUGCCUACUACUGGUAAAAACAUUUAAAA